AUGCCUUUGCUUUCAAGGAAAUCAUUCCAUCAUAACCAUGAUAGUGAAAAACCUGAUGAACAAAAUGGAAGUAGACCAAAUCCACCUUUGAAGAGAAGCUCCAAAUCAUUCCUAAGUUUUAUGAGUAGAAAACCAAGCACAGAUUCUAUUAGAAGUGAUAAAUCCAAUGAUUCGUUCGUAACACACAGCAAUAAUAAUAGUAGUAGCAAUCUUUCAGUGCUAUCUCCUCCUCAUAAUAAUCAUCAUCACUAUAAUACUAAAUUACAUGGUCACGAUAUAGAUUCCCAUUUAGCGGUAUCUCCAAAACAGAGUCAUUCAAUGUUAGAAUUGAAAAGAUUCUUCAGGAGUAAAAAAUUAACUACUAGAACACACAACAAUAAUUUGAACAGUAAUCAUGGUACUAACGGAAGUAACCAUUCUUCAGCUCCUGCUACUCGUACAGGAUCGAGAUCCUUUUCAGAUCAUCACCCUUAUUCCACGACCCAACUAAAUCUAAAUGCACAUUAUGACGCAGUACAUCACACUGAUGCUAAUCACAACAGCCACACACAUUCUGCUAUUCCACCUUCUUCUGAUUCUGUACUUUCUUUGGCAAAUACAAUAAAUAUCUAUCAUGACGAUACGAUUUUAGCUACUAAAUAUGGUAAAGUGGGUAAAACUUUAGGUUCUGGGGCUGGUGGUUCCGUGAAAAUUAUAACAAGGCCUACAGACGGUGUAAUGUUUGCUGUGAAAGAAUUUAGACCAAGAAAACCUAAUGAAUCCAUUAAACAAUAUGCCAAGAAAUGUACCGCCGAAUUCUGUAUUGGCUCUUCAUUACAUCAUGCAAACGUUGUCGAAACAAUUGAUAUCUUUUCAGAUUUUAAUCAGAAUAAGUAUUUUGAAGUCAUGGAAUAUUUACCAAUCGAUUUUUUUGGUGUUGUCAUGACUGGACAAAUGUCAAGGGGUGAAAUUAAUUGUUGUUUUAGACAGAUUUUAGAAGGUGUUAAAUAUCUUCAUUCAAUGGGGUUGGCACAUAGAGAUUUAAAAUUAGAUAACUGCUGUAUGACUCAAGAUGGUAUUCUUAAAUUAAUUGAUUUUGGUAGUGCUGUUGUCUUUCAAUACCCCUUUGAACCAGAUUCUGAUGUACAGAUGGCUCAUGGUAUAGUGGGUAGUGAUCCAUAUUUAGCUCCAGAAGCUAUCACUUCAAGUAAAUGUUACGAUCCACAAUUUGUAGAUAUCUGGUCCGUAGGUAUUAUCUAUUGCUGUAUGAUGCUGAAACGUUUCCCAUGGAAAGCUCCAAAGCAAAGUGACGAAAACUUCAAGUUAUAUGCGAUGCAAGACGAUAUGGAACAUGAUUACAUACAAUCUGCGAAGCAUCAUGAACAAUUAUUGAAGGAAAGAAGAGAUCGUCAUAAUAUUAUAAAAGAACAUCCUCAUGAUAAUGCAACCACCGAUAAUAAUACGACUAUUACCACGACUAGUGGUGUUAAUAAAAGUACUAGUCACAAUAAUGAUAAAACAAUUAAUAACGACAAUACAGCAGCAGCAAUGCAACAGCUUCCAACCCCCCCUCAUGAAAAUAAUGUCCCAAAAGAGCAUAAUGAUACCGAUGACAACAUUAAAAUUGAAACUAACAAUAAAAAUAAUGAUAAUGAUACCAAGGAAAAUGAUAUAAAACCAACCGAAUCACAUCCAGAUAGCAAGCAUUCAAAGGCUCGUCAUAAAAAGACUAUUCAUGGACCUUAUAGGCUAUUGCGCUUACUUCCUCAUGCCUCAAGACCAAUAAUGUCUAGAAUUUUGGAAAUUGACGUCGAAAAAAGAGCAACAUUAAAUGAAAUAUUUACUGAUGAAUGGUUCAAAGCCAUUCCUUAUUGUUCUAUGGAUGAGAAGAAAUCCGUAGUAAGAGCUACUGGCCAUCAUCAUACAAUUUUCAAAGAUGAUAAAACCUAUAAAAUUUGA